AUGAGCACGAAACAUUUCUUCCCCAGCACCGAAGGUGUGGUCAUCCAAGGCCUAGAAAAUCUGGUCGCUCGCAACAAACAUUUGGCUCUCGAUUCAGCCGACAAAGUUGUAUAUUCCAAAACACAUAAACCCGCAAAAGUCAGUCUCAUCUCUGGUGGCGGCAGCGGACACGAACCAGCAUGGAGCGGAUAUGUCGGCGACGGCAUGCUGGCAGCUGCCGCUUGCGGUGAAGUAUUCGCGAGUCCAUCGACCAAGCAGGUGAUGGCCGCGAUUCGCAAAGUACCUUCAGACGCUGGUAUAAUCCUCUGCAUUACCAACUAUACUGGCGACAACCUGCACUUUGGACUUGCGCGAGAGAAGGCAGCUGGUUUGGGGUACAAAGUUGGUGUCUUGAAGAUGACCGACGACGUUGCGUUGGGCAAGAAGCAAGUCACCAAUCUUGGGCGCAGAGGUCUGGCAGCCAACAUGUGGGUUCUGAAGCUGGCGGGAGCUGCAGCGGAGCACGACUACCCAUUCGAAGACUGCAUGAAGAUUGGAGGCUCCGUUAACGGCAACGCUGUCACCGUUGGCUCUUCGUUGGACCAUUGCCACAUUCCAGGCCGCGAGCACCACCGCGCAAUCCCGGACAAUGCCUACGUCCUCGGUAUGGGCGUGCAUAACGAACCAGGUCUACACGAAGUCAAUCCCAUGCCGCACGUGGAUGAUGUCGUCGCGGAUAUGCUCAAAUACUGCUUAGAUCCUAACGAUCCCGAUCGGGCCUUCGUCAAGUUCAAUCCUGACGAUGUCGUCUUACUACUAGUCAACAAUCUCGGCGGCAUGUCGAUAUUCGAGCUAGAAGCUUUGACGUCGGUCACACGGAAGAUGCUGAAGAAGGACUGGAAGAUUGUGCCGGAGAGAGUCUAUGCUCAGUGCUUCGAGACGUCGCUCAACGCUCCUGGAUGGUCGAUUUCCCUGCUGAAUGUGUCCGGAAUCGAGAGAGAAACGCAAGUGCCAGUCAAGACACUGCUUGAGCUGCUGGACAGCGACACGAAGGCACCAGCAUGGCCAAGAAACGGUUACGAGGAUGUCGAAGAAGUUAAGCAGAAGGAAUUUGGAUCCACUGCUGCUUCCCAAUCAGCAGGCGGAGAAGGCCCGAAAGUCGACCCAUCCAUUCUCGAAUCCGCCAUCAGACAAGCCUGCAACGACGCCAUCAAAGCCGAACCCGACAUCACAAAAUGGGACAUCCAAAUGGGCGACGGCGACUGCGGUGAAGCCGUCCUCGGAAUGUGCCAGGGCAUCAUGAAGAAAGUCGACGCUGGGCUGUGCAAAGACGGUCUGCUAUUCAAGACGCUUGACGAAGCCGGUGAAGCUGUUGAGGAGAUCGGAGGCACCCUGGGCGCUAUCAUCAGUAUCAUCGUUGCGUCCUUCACGGUCAACAUGAAGCAGGCUUACGCCAAAGACCAGAGUAAUUUCCAGGUGAAUGCGAAGACGGCGAGCGCGGCCGUGGGAGGCGCGAUACAGAAUCUGAUGGGAUAUACUAGUGCGAGGCAGGGUGGAAGGACGGUGAUGGAUACGCUUAUUCCGUUUAGCGAGACUUUUGAGAAGACUUCGGAUCUAGGGAAGGCUGUUGAUGCCGCGCAGGAGGGGGCGAAGAGUACGUCGGGUAUGAAGGCUGGGUUCGGUAGAGCUGCCUACGUUGGAGAAGAGGCGGCAGCCAAGGAGACACCUCCAGAUCCUGGUGCCAUGGCAGCAGCUAUCUUCCUAAAAGGACUGUUGCAAGGCUUGAACAAGUAA